GGUUUUACUCCUGACUGAGUCAGGACUCGAGCUGAAGUCCAGCUUAUGGAUACUAUCGUUUCUUUCCUGAAUCAAAGAAAAAUGAUAUCAAAAUAAAGAACCAUAAAAUAAGAAGAGUGUAAGUUCUCCUUUAACGAUAAGACUGGAGUACAGUGAGGUCAGGAAUAUGUCUCAGAGCUGCCGUCUGCUUGCUGGUUUCUGUCUGAGCUGUGUUGGAUGGGUUGGGAUCAUCAUCGCCACCUCCACCAACGACUGGGUGAUGACCUGUAAGUACGGCAUGAACACCUGCAAGAAGAUGGACGAGCUGGAGACCAAGGGUUUGUGGGCAGAGUGUGUGGUCUCCACCUCUCUGUACCACUGCAAAGCGCUCAACCAGAUCCUCACCCUGCCCGCUCAUGUGCAGGUGGCGCGCGCGCUCAUGCUCUCCGCCUGUCUGCUCGGUCUGCCCUCCGCUCUGCUCGCGCUGCUGGCGGCACCCUGCGUUAAUCUGAACGACGAGCGCGAGGGGACUAAGCGGAAGCGCGCGAUGCUCAGCGGAGUGCUCUUGCUCAUCAUGGCUGUGUGUGGAACAGUGUCCACCGUGUGGUUCCCCAUCGGAGCUCAUCAUCAAGAUGGCCUGAUGUCGUUCGGCUUCUCCCUCUAUGCGGGAUGGUUAGGCUCCGCCCUCUGCUUCCUGGGGGGCUCCGUCAUGACCUGCUGCUCGGGGGACGACGCUCCGGCCCAGCGGCCCGAGAACCGUUUCUACUACUCCAAACAGAGCGGCCUGUCCAACUCGGUCCAGGCUACUAACAACCAUGCCAAGAGUGCACAUGUGUGAGAGCGGAGAUGUGGACUGGACUGGACUUCAAACAGGCUCUUCAGCUGAAGGAGGGAAUGUUCUGCCUUUCUCUCAACACAGAUGGACAUACACACAUACGGAUAGGGGAGUUUCUGCUGCCCUGGUUUGAUCGCAACCAUGCGAAGAUCUAACAAUCUGACAGGAACAGUCUUUUAUUCCAGUCUGGACACAGCUUCAGAUGGACCUGGAAAAACAGGCCAAGAAGAAACUCCAAUAUUUCUCCUCCCUUUGUCCUCCCUAUAACGCAUAGCCCUUUUUGUUCUUUGCUUUGUUCGUCUGUUAUUCGAAGUAAUUUGCCUCAGUCUUGUACCAAGCAAUGUUUAUUUGUAAUGCAUCUCAGUCGGCUCUGGCAAGA